AUGGCAAAGACAAAAGAUGGGAACAAGAGCCAAGAACUACGUAGCGAAAAUCCGGACGUGUCCAUUCUGUGUCCAUCGAAUUUCCUUUAUCCUUCUGGACAAGGUAGUCUCGGUGAUACCCUGAGAAAUGAUUCUAUUGAAUUGGGGGAGACUGGUCAUAUCAAUUACAGAACAGGUAGUUUUCUCGGAACAUUUACGGACCACACAGUGGAUAGCAGAAAGAACCGAAAAAGCAACGUUUCUUCCUCGUCACCCAAAAGCAGAAGCGGACAGACGCUUAACGAUUACCUGAUCUCAAGACAGUUGGACGGGGCUGUUCUACCAGUGGAUGAAAACAAUAAACAAUCAUUUGCGAAGGUUGAUACUGGUAAGCCGCUGAAUCCCAAAGUGCCCAUUGAACUAUCGAGGACAGCCGAGUUGGACCCUGUUUUGGCACUUCUACAGUCCGACGUAUCACAGUUGGAUGAAUUUCGCAAUAAUUUUCGCGAACAAAGUGUGAGAGGUAAAAAGACCUGGAAAGUUCCUCCUCCUGUGGUGUCGCAUCGUACAAAGAAGGGUGCUGCAAAUCAUACCCUAGAACGACGAAGGGACUCCAAGGAGAAUCCCGCACCAUCACUAUUGAUAAAGCAAGAGGAUGUAAGUUCCCCUCAUUUACCUUAG